GGGACUCCUUCGCUCUCUCAAACAGUCUUAUCCGUUUACUCGCUCCGCCAGCCAAAUAAAAAACAGUUUUUAGAGUCUUUAUAAGAUGGAUCGGUAUAGCAGACCGUAUAGACGAUCGAGAAAAGGCGGCUUGAAUGUGGAAAGGGAAAUCUGCUGGCAGUUCAUCAAUGGAUGUUGCCGCUAUGGUCAAAGCUGUUACUAUCUGCAUGAGUUUCCUGCAGUACAACCAUUCCAGGUUCAGUGCAGGUACUUCCAGAAAGGUGGUUGCUGGUUUGGGGAUCGUUGCAGGUAUCUCCAUGUUCCUCAAGGAGCUGAAGGGCCUUCAGAGAGCAGCAGGCGUGGUUCAGCACCUGCAGUGUACCCCCCUCCUUUGGCAGGCCGUGCUAUGGCAGACCGUCGGGGAUCUGAACCCUCUCUUCCAGCUCAAGGGGCAUAUAGUCUGAAUCGGAGAGGUUCUGAACCCCUGGUCACAAGUGUGAGCAUGCUACAGCAGAAUUUCGAACACUUAACCACAGGCAUUGCAGAAGAGGAAGAGUUUGGAAUUGAUGAUGCACCUCCCCAGCAUGGUGCGUUAAGGCAUAUGCAACAAAACAACGCUACCUACUCCAAUCCUUUACGCAAUGGUAGUUCAGCAAGCUUUCUGCCUGGUGCAGCACCUGCGAAAGUCCAUAAAGUAACCAUGUCUAAAUCUGAAACUAAGGCAACCGGUCUGACAGUGAGACCGGAUCAGGGUGGUGCUGCCGUUUUGACUGAGCAGCAAAACUCUGGGAGCUUUGACCAAAGCAAAGAUGUGGUCUGUGGCAUCUGCAUGGACAAGAUUUCUGAGAAAUCCACUGCUCAGGAGCGCCGUUAUGGCAUCCUACCCAACUGUAAUCAUCCCUUCUGUAUUAGCUGCAUCGUUACCUGGCGAAAGACAAAAGACUUCCAGGAGGAUGUCAUUAAGGGCUGUCCACAGUGCAGAGUAAAGUCCUCCUUUUACAUUCCCAGCAAGCACUGGGUCUGUGAUGGGGAGGAAAAGGCAUCACUGAUAGCCUCUUUCAAAGCGAAGAGCAGUAAAUUAAAGUGCACAUUCUUCAUGCGUCAUGGAUGCUGCCCCUUUAAGUCAGAGUGUAUCUACAGUCAUGAUGGGCCCCCCAUCACACACCGUAGCAGGCGCUCUGCACCAAGGAACACUGUUGAGGUGCUGGAGGAUUUGGACAUUGAUGGCAUACAACUUUGGAGUUACAUUUUUGCCCUAACUCUGUUGGAUGACGAAGAUGAAGACCUUCUGGAUUUUCUUGACUAAAGUCCUUCUUGAGCCAUGUGUAUAUAUCAGCUUAUCAAUCUUGAAUGAGCUUUGAUUAUUUUCUGCACUGAAAUCGAAUUGUCCCUUUAUAGGGUUGGCUCGAUUUUAGCUACCCCUCCAUGUAUGGCUAAUUAUUUAGCCGUGUAGACUUGUUGUGUGAGUGAAAGUAUUUUGCCUUAUGUUUGUGAAAGAGAUUGAAAAAUAAGUUUUGAACAUUCAGAUCUCCGUAAAUUGCAUCUGAAUCUUCAGGUAUAGGUGGGAUUUGGACCAGAGCAAGAAAAAAAGGCACAAGUUGAUACAUUGCAUGGUUCACUUAUUUCAGCUAGCUUUUUUCACUUAUUGAUCAUCUAAUGUUUCCAAUUGUGCUGCUUCCUGAUUGUUGGACCCUCUUGUCUGAUACCUUUAUAUGAACUCUGAUUUUAAUUAUUUGUUACUUGUGCCUAGUUUAUCUUGUGUCAGUAUUCAGCCAAACACUAAAUGUGCAACCUGUCAGCAGGCUUUUGAUAUACUGUUCUCUUUAGCAGUGUUAACAGGUGUUAGUUGGACUUGAUGCCAUAUUUUAUUACUUUUAGUACGUUUGUAUUCACUUAAAGAGAGGUGAAAAUAAAAAAUGUUCCACUGUUUA